AUGGAGCCUGCCACUGCCACCGCUGCUGUGGCAGAUGUUCCUGUUCCUGUCCAUGCCCAUGUUCACGUUCCUGCUCCUCUCGAGAGCCCCACUACCGCCAAUUCCUCGACUUCCCCGAGCUCGGAAGGCGAUCCGCAAAACGAGCGUCAGCCCUCGCUAGCAUCCACCUCGACGCGCCCCGACCAGAGCAAAGAACGCAUCACAGUGCCUUCCGCGUGCGUCCAGUGUCGAUCUAAGCAUCUCAAAUGCGAUGGCUUGAACCCUUGCACGCGCUGUUCGUCGAAUAGCUUCGAGUGUAUAUACGUGAGGAGUCGCCGAGGCUUCAAGGGCCCCCGCCGCAAUGGAACAAAUGGAACCCCAAACAAGGCCAAUGCUGUGUCUGGACCUGUUGAUAGAAGCUGUCCCAUGGUAAACCCUGGUGCAGCAAGAGGCGCCUCCAAUGUUCCCAGCGGCCUGGCCACUCCCCCCGAUCACAGACUGCAGACUUUACCCCAUGGGGUCGAUCUCCCGCUUUUUGACAUUGGACAAGAGCUGGUUUCGUUCGAGCCCAAGCCCUUGCCCUCCGGAUUGGACCUUCGAGAAAGAUGUAUCGAAGCUUUCUUCUACCACUUCUAUCCCGCACACCCCUUCAUCUUACCACGAGAUGCCUUCUUGAAGCUCCGGAAGGAGAAGCCACUGGACGCUUUGGAGGCGGCAAUGCGAUAUGUAGGCUCGUUCUACGUCCCACAGGCCCCGAUUGUAGCGUUAGAGCACGAGGCAGAACGCACUGUCUAUAAUGCAGACUGCCCCAGGGAUGGUUUCCGAGUUCAGGCCAUGCUGAUCCUCACAAUUGGUCUUGAUGGAUAUAGAUAUCAAGAGAAAGCCCUUCAGAUACUUGUCGAUGCCCAGGAGCUGGCCCUUGAGUUUGGUAUGAAUAAGCGUGAGUUUGCUUUUAUCAACGGGAACGGCUCGGAGCUUCUGGAAGAGAGCUGGCGCCGAACCUGGUGGGAAAUGUAUAUUGUGGAUGGUAUGAUCGCUGGGGUCCAUCAAAAGAGCACAUUCCCAAUGAAGGAUAUGCCUGCUGAUGUUGGUCUGCCCUGUGAGGAAAGGGACUAUGUAUCUGGGGUCAUACCCUCGCCCCACUCCCUGGCGGAUUUCGAUGAAGAAUCGUUUGAUGGAAGGGAUUUUAGUUAUUCCUCUUUCACUUACCGUAUUGCCGCAAUUCGGAAUCUUGGAAGAGUCCUCCAAUCACGUCAGAUCAUGCUUCCGGACAAGCCUACCAUUGAUAGGAUUGACGCGUACCUUGUCAAUUGGAGACUUCAUUUGCCAGAGUCGAAGAAGGAUUUCAUCAACACUGAAGGCCAACUCGAUGAAAUGUUGUUCCAAGCUCACAUGAUCACAGAAGCAACCACUAUCCUCCUUCAUCGUGAACACUCCGAACUUGACUCGAGUGUUGCCAGGAACGUCGACUCCUGCGCUCCACAUAAACCAAUCAUCCCAGGUCAAUCUUACAACAUCCACGCAGCAAAGACCAUCCAGGCGGCACAAGAUGUGUCAAAGCUCAUUCAACUCCCAGUCCCCCUGGUCAAACACACCCAUUUCUUCACAUGUGUGGUUACCCUUGCAUCUAUUGUGCAUCUGUCUUGUUGGUCUGUUAUGAUGCCACUUGUCCACGACGAUGAUCUUAAGCAACAGCUGCGUUUGAAUACAGGAGCCUUGAAGACGCUCUGGCAAGUCUGGCCGUCGGCAGGAAUGGCGUUUGGGCAAGUCAAAGGCGUUGCUCAAGAGAUAUAUGCAGCCAAGAAACAGGCAGCUGAGGUUGGAUUUUGGGCUAAUCUCACGGAGGAUGAGGUAAUGCGAAGUAUGAUUGAGGAUCAGACUAUCAUGGAGGAAUUGGAACUGUUUGAUGAUGUCGUUGGACCAAGGUUGGGAUCGGCAUAG